AAUUGUUGUGGAGGUUCCGCGCACGCAUGAGCAUCAUCAUCGCGCAGCGCGCACUCGCACGACUACAACGCGCCUAGUUUUUUUACAUUCAUUUUGCACUCGACCGUAGCUGCGCGCGCGCAUUGUUUUAGUUUUAAAUCGGCCCGCUAUCGCGAAUAUUCCUCCAAGUUUGAUAAGAUCAUUAUAUCACCGUGAUAAGAACAAUCAAGGACUGAGUUACGGACGAAACCGUAUAGUUCACCUUCCAUAUGUGGCACCUGUUUGAUUAUUUUCAAGUGUUUAUACAAUAGAGUUUUAAAACGUGAAUUUUGUGGUGAUAUUGGUUUAUCGGAUGUCGCGGCACGCACCAUGGGAACGACGAAGAGAUUGAAGAUAACUGUUGUUGGAGAUGGUAUGGUUGGCAAGACCUGCUUGCUAUAUGUAUACACUAGAAAUGAAUUUCCUGAAGAAUAUGUGCCCACGGUAUUUGACAAUUAUGUCGGCCACAUCACCGUGGAUGGAGAGGACGUAGAAAUGGCGUUAUGGGAUACAGCUGGACAAGAAGAUUAUGAACGGUUAAGACCACUAUCAUAUACGCAAACUAACUGCUUUUUAGUAUGCUACUCUGUAGGGAGCAGAUCGUCAUACGAAAAUGUAGUACACAAAUGGUAUCCUGAAUUAAAGCACUUUAGUGCUUCUGUACCUAUCGUCCUAGUAGCUACUAAAAUUGACUUGAGGUCUUCGGAUAAAGCCGUUGUCACAACUCAAGAAGGAAAGAAAUUAAAGAAAAAAAUCCGAGCAGCCCAUCUGGUUGAAUGCUCAGCACUAGAGCGGAUAAACAUGGACGAAGUAUUCGAGGAAGCGGUGCGCGCGGCCCUCCGCAAGAAACCAGUCCACAAACGCACCUGCCAAUAUCUUUGAUGAAGAAAAACGCGACACAAUUAAAUAUUUUAUUGUUUGUUACAUAAAAAAGAAAAAUUUUUACUCUAAGAAUAGGGAUUGCUUUAGAGCAAACAGGGCAGGCAACAGCUGCGGCAUUUUCAACAAAACGAUCAUUUUCGCUCGACGAGUAUUAAUUUAUUAUAGGUAUUGACUUAUUUGUUAGUAUUGUUGCGAGAUUUUAUGGAAAAACUAAAUGUUUACAAUGUUUUAUAAAAACGUCAAACGAAUAUAAUCAAGAUUGAUUUUACUUUAAUAUACCUUACAUUUGUAUAGUAUAUAAUAAAUUGUUUAAAUUCUAGGCAUAUUUGAUUGUUUGGUUAAGUUUUUAAAUGAUAAAAUGAACAUAUUAUUAAUAGGUAAUCACCAAAGUUUUAUUCGUAAAUUAAUAUAAGAUGAAAUAUAUGUAUUGAAACUUCACAAAUGAAUCUAACAAGUAGUUGAGUAUUGCACUCUUUUCUAUACAGCUGUUAAUAUGCCAUGUAAACACGAAGAACAUAACAAAAUAAACAGAAUAAACGCUUAUUUCAAUCCACAACUCAGUACAUUUUAUUGAUUAAGUAAAUAUUACUAACUUCUAUUACACGCUGCCAGUAUUACAUACAAAUCAAUACUGAAUAAUAAUAAUAAACAUGCGCCUGUUAUAAUUGUGAAAUCAAUUAGUGAGCUAGUAGUUUAUGUUUAGAGAGAAUCAUCUUAUGCAAGCAAUAUUUUUGUUUCAUUUUCCCUUAAAAUAAUUAUUUAAGGUCUUAAUUAGUUGUAGACUAUUCUCAUGAAUGAGGAUACUUUAUUUGAAUAAACCUAUAAUACGUCACCAAAAUAAUGUCAGUUAUUAAAAAUAUGUCGUUUAUUGGGUUUGUUUUUUUAAAAGCCUACAUCAUUAUCAUAUUAUGUGAUGAGCUCAAAAACAUCAUGUUUUUGUUGUUAGCUAACUGUAAUAACCUUAAAGUAUUUUAAAAUCUUUUAAAGUAAGUGAGGCUAAACCUACAUCUGGCAUCAUUUUUGUUAAAGGGUAUGCCUGUGUCAAUAUUUUUUAUAAUUCUGAACAGAGAUCCGUUCCAGAGGCGGAAACAGUCACAAUAUACCUACCAGCUAAGUAACUACAUAAACGGACAAUAACAUUAAUACUCUAAUCAGCCUAAAUAUUCAUCAUUUUGUGAACCGUCAAGCUAAAGCGAAACCAGACCACCCCUCUCCGUAUCACGCCAGCUCGUUGACACCAUGUUUUAGAAGAUUUUAAUUUGUAAUACAGAGUGGUCAAUAAAAACCUCUUUAAACUAUAACUUUUAAAUCGCAACAUCCUUUAUGCAAUAAUAUUAGCAAAUUUUCAUUCGUUCUGUAACACCCUAUAUAGAGCAAUUACCAUUGCCGUAAAAUACGGAAGCAUUUAAAGGUGAAAUGUUAAAAGAAAAAAGGAAGUUUUAAAAGAAAAUCGUUAUCAAGCCAUUUUGUCAGUUAUAAUCAGGGUUUUGCGUUAUCAAUAAAGGAAAAAAAGAUCGUCGCUUUUUUGUAAUCAGAAAGAACAUGAUUUGUAAAUGACAGUUACCGACAUCGGAAUUGUUCCUCGUAAAAUGAUUUCGUUUCGCAUCAAUUUUAACGCAGCUUUAGAGACGAUAAAAAAUACGUUUGUUAGAAACUGGAAUAUUACGUAAAAAUAUGUACUUCAUCAGGAUCAGGUACAGUUUGAAAAGAAGACGUAUUUAUUCAAACCAUUUUAUUCUGAUUGUUGACCGACUUUGUUUUUUUUAAUAAAAUUUCUUUUUUCCCAAAAUUUCAAACCAAGAACAAAUAAAAGAAAUGUCAUUCAUAAUUUCGAAUUUCGAUCAUGGGGCGACCUUUUAAUCAUUAUUAACAGUUUUUUAAAGGAUUAAUAACGUCAAAAGUUUGGACGUUUUUCCUGUUAAUUCUCAUGUUAAUAUUUCCGUCGUCGUUACCUUUUUGGGAUUAACGGUUAGCUGGAAUAGCCGUACAGGCUACCAGCAA